AUGGCGAAUAUUCCGCCGCUAUCAUAUGCUGUCCUGACACCAGCGAGCAUUGCUCUGGGGUUGCUCUGCUCUGUCUGUCUGUAUUGGAUUAUAUGGACACUCUACAGUCUCUUUUUCCACCCACUUUCCGCAUACCCUGGCCCCAAACUCUGGGCUCUCACUCGCCUUCCGUGGAUCUGGACCAGUCUUCGCGGCGACAUCGCCUGGACUAUCCGCGAUUUCCACGAGCAGUACGGGCCAGUGAUUCGCAUCGCGCCCGAUGAACUCUCCUACACGACCGGUACCGCCGGGAAGAAAAUCUACGGGCAGCGCAGCCCAGAGUUUGUCAAGUGCCUUGAUGGACGGGGCAUCGUUCCGCCAUCGAGAAUGGGGGUGAGAGGCAUCGUGACUGCACAUCAAGAAAAGCACGCGCAGCUGCGAAGGGCGAUUUUGCCGGCAUUCUCGGAGAGAGCACUCCGCGAGCAGGAGAGCUUCUUCCAGCUGUAUGCGGGGAAGUUGACGGCCCAGUUGAGCAGAGUGUGUAAAAGUGGACCGCAGGACAUGGUGCGAUGGUACAGUUUUACGACAUUCGAUAUCGUGAGUGAUCUGGCCUUUGGAGAGGCGGCGGGCUGUCUGGGUAGGUCCAUCCAUCGCUCCUUCCCUCUCUCUCUCGAUAAUGCCGACAGCCCCUGGCUGGCAGUCCUGGGGUUACGCGCAAAGUCUAUCGUCUGGCUCCAAUUCACCGUCUACUACGGGCUCUACCACUGGAUCGCGUGGAUCGCGCCGAAAUACAUGCUCCAGGCGCGGCAGAAGCACAUCGAACUGUGCGGGGAGAAAAUCCGGAGAAGACUCCAGCUCAAGGAGGACCGCAAGGACUUCAUGAGCUACAUCUUAGACAACAAAUCGGAGAAACUGUCGAACCUGGAGCUCGUCAUCAUGGCAUCCGCGUUUAUCGUUGCGGGCAGUCGGACCUCCGCUGCAGCGCUGUCGGGUAUGACGUUCCUCCUGCUUCGCAACCCUCCGGUCUACCGUCGUCUCGUUGACGAGAUCCGGUCCGCCUUUCAGAAGGAAGAGGACAUGACCAUGGUGGCGACGGGCCAGCUGCGAUACCUAGGCGCUGUAAUCGAGGAAGGGCUACGAUUGUACCCUCCUUCGCCGUCUUCCCUGCCGCGGUUCGUGCCUGGCAAGGGCGAGGAGAUUGAUGGUAAAUGGGUUCCAGGAGGGAUCGCUGUCGGCGUCCACCAGCUCUCGGCAGGCUCCAUGGAAUGGAACUUUCAGCAGGCGAAGUCGUUCAUUCCUGAGCGUUGGCUAGAUGUUUCUGCGGAUUCGCCAUUCGCCAAUGAUAACAGGACCUCCAUUCAGCCUUUCUCGUACGGCCCCCGGAAUUGCAUCGGGAAAAGUAUGGCGUACGCCGAGAUGAGACUGAUUCUAGCUCAUAUCCUCUGGAAGUUUGACCUUGAGCUUGUGGAUAAGUCAGACACCUGGUCUACGACACAGAAAACGUAUUUGGUCUGGGAGAAGCCUCCGUUGAUGAUUAAUAUUCGCGAGAGGGAGUAG